CAUGCAUUGUCUCGAGUAGUAGAUUUACUUUUAAGAAAAAUCUCCCUCCUCCUUGGUCCCUAGAGAUUUGGGUGCUAAGGAAAAUCUGUUCUCCAAUUCAGGGUUGUAAGCAACUCUCCCCAGCAAAAGCAUUGUUGACUUCUAAUGAAACAGAGAGAAAUAUCUAGCUUUGAAAUACAGGUUGCCAAAUGGUAUUCCCAGUGACACAUGAGAGACUGGAGGAAAGAGUCCCCACAGAAAUUCAUAAGUGUGGGGAAAGCUGGUUAGUAGGUAGGCCAUAGAACUUUCCAGUAACAUCAUCAGCAAGCCCUUCACUGGAUAAUCUAUUGUAUCUAAGAGAUCCCUAGAAUCUUCUGUGAUGUCACCAGUGUUGUGGUGACACCAACUGCCUUUGGGAUAUUCCUUCAGUUCCCUUUGGGCUCACAAGCAGGCAUGUUUCGCCAGCUGCUCAGGCAAUUUCGCAAGGAAAGUGGAGAUCAAGGAGAGACCACACCAAGGGAGAAGGAAGAUGACCCCCUCUCUAGUGAAACAGGAAGGAGGAAAUCAUUCUGGGGAAGGCUUGGUGAGUCCUGGGCAGAGGGAGGAGUAUCCUCAGGAGGUUUUGGUAGGAAGGCAUCAUCCCAAACUGUCAUCAGUAAGCAAGAGGAGUGUCUAAAGGAACUGGAGGAACUCAAAUUUGAAAUCCAGAAGUGUCAAUUCGAGAGGGAUGAACUUUAUCAAAUCCUGGACCUUUAUAUCUAUGAUGAUUGGGACCACAGGCUGGAUGUCGAAUUGCCAAUACUUCAAUCCGAACAUGAGAUGAGAAUGAUGGCUAUGCAAAUGAUGACCAACUCAAUAAGUGAUGCCAUGGAGAGGUACAAGGAGCUCAUACAAGUGAACAGUUCCUACUGCAUCAGGCACUCCCAGCUCCUGCGUGAACAAGCUCAAUUGAAGAACAAAAUACAGAUUUUGCUGAAUGAGAAGAGAGAACUGCUGGUGGAGCAGACUGAACUGCCAGCAUCCUCAGUGGAGGCAAAGAGGUUCUGUGAAGAGACCGGAAUGAACAUAUGUGACCCCAGAGCCAAGCAACAGCAGGUCUGAAAUUCUCCAGCAGAAACUCGAACAUGACACAGACCAGGACAAGAUCUCCCUUGGUGAGAAGAGCUACAGGAGGAGAACAAAGUGUGCACAGCAAAUACACCACUAUUGUAUCUCAUCUGUAAUGUCCAUAGCAAUUGUGGACUCCACUUUCCUCCUUUAGUUUAACUUCUUCGGAGUGAAUAGGCCGUACUUUCACUUCGCCUCUCUCCAGCAAGUGUGCACUUUUGGAGGGACUCAGAGAAGUGCUGAUGCACAUCAAUCAAGAGCUGCUGGUCAUCCAGAAAGACUAUGCACAUUUAAAUUUGUACUUGUCCUGAUGGGUCAUCCAGAAGAGUUUCAUGGAGAUCAGUUCACAAUAUUGGAAAGACUUUGAGACAAAGUCUGUAAUAUCAUUUAUACUCAAUAUUGGAUGGCUUUUUCCUUAAUAUCCCCACUCCAACAAAACAGACCUACUUCCACUCUUCUUGAUAAGAUUAUUACCAUCAGUAACUGCUUGUCUACUAUGUCUCCAAGGCAAGCCACAGGCUAUAAGUUUAUUCUGCAAAAGGAGCAGCUAAAGAAUGCUUAGCGCAAUUCCUCUAUUUAAAGUUUGGUUGAGUUUUGAUUAUUUUGGUUAUUUGGUUUUCCUCCUAUUCAUUUGAAGUUUUGUUAUUUAUGUGUUGUUGUUUUGUUCAUUUGGUUUUCUAUUUUGAUAAGGGUAUAGACUGUAUAUAUUGACUACCUGCAUCUGGUUACUAUCAAGUAAAUUGGAUGUAUUCUGGUCAAUAAAGGAGUAAUCUCAAACUCUUCACUCUUAAGAACCUUCUUUAUUGAUCAUUAGUGUCAACAUCUGAAGUCCCACAGCUAUCAGGGAGGGAUGGAUCUCUACAUUCUCAUGGGGACUGGGCAUUAAAUCACUUCCCAGUCAGACUGAGAUUCAAAGGCAGUUACACAGUCACUGUUCACUGUUUUCCCAACUCUGUGAAUUUCAAGUUCAUCAUGCAUAUAUUACCCACUGUGUAUGCUUGCUGUCAAAUAUGUAGUUACCUCUAAA